AUGUUGGGUACAGCCCCCUGGAUACUCUCAGCACAGGUUGUACUCUAAAGGGAUUAUGCCCGCUGUCCCACAAUGCUGCUACCCUCAGGUUGGCUACUUCGGCACUCUGUGGUCAUGUGGUUGCUGUUUCACAGCUUAGUGCUGAUGACACUGUGUUUCCACCAUGCUGCGACUUCCUGCUCCAAACGCUGCUACUGUUCAGACAGCGAGGGCUCAUUUGGUGGUAAGACUAUGCGCUGCAGCAACCUGCAUCUUACUGAUAUCCCUCAGGACAUUCCCAAUGACACACGACGCCUCUACUUGGACUACAACCUCCUGACCAGCAUCCCUGCCAAUGCCUUUCAUGAUCUUCCACUGCUAGCUGAACUGGAUCUUUCCCAUAACGAACUAGCUUUGCUUGAACCUGGAGCCUUUAUAGGCUUGGCAGUCUCUCUACAAUUUCUGGAUCUCUCGUCCAACCAGCUCACGACACUGGACCCAGAUGCAUUUGAAGGUGUUACAGCAAGAUCCAACCUCACCGGAAACCCCUGGCACUGUGACUGCAGACUGCAGACAGCCCUUCCACGCCUAGACCUAGAGCCUGUGUCUUUGACUGGCAUUAUCUGUCAGACAUCUGAACCCUCAGACUCUGGAGCCCAAGGCGUGCCUUUCCUGCUGGCCAAAGACCUGGACCUGUGUGUGGUGCUCAAAAAGACCACGGAUGUGGCCAUGUUGGUGACCAUGUUUGGGUGGUUCACCAUGGUCAUCUCCUACCUGGUCUACUAUGUGAGACACAAUCAGGAAGAUGCCAGGCGCCACCUGGAGUAUCUCAAGUCUCUGCCCAGCAGGCAGGGCAAGUCUGAGGAGUCUUCCACCAUCAGCACUGUGGUAUAGUGCCAGGCCAAGUGCUCAUGACAUGCGGAGGAAGCUUCUCAGGCUGCCAAAAGACCACUCACUUCAAGGUACCACUCAGGAUUGAUCAGUACCC